CCCCCCCCCGAUUCUCUCGUGCCCCCGAUGUGGCGGGCCGCGCGUGGCCCGCGUUCAGCAGCGCAGUAGUCAAAGCGAGCGCCGAAUGCGUGGUCGUCCGUGCGGCGCGUGCGGUGCCCUCGCUACAGCAGACCGCUUACCGGACGAAGAUGGCGUCGGAGGGAACGAGCGGGGAGCAGCAGCCUCCUCCUCCUCCUCCUCCUCCGCCGAUACAGACGCUGGCCACCGCCGUGCUGGGGAGCGUGGAUGCGAAAUGUGAGUUCAACAUGGAUAAUUUGAGCAAGCCAGAGCUACUCACUCUCCUGAGUAUCAUGGAGGGAGAACUUGAGGCCCGUGACCUAGUCAUAGAGGCGCUGAGGGCAAGGAGGAAGGAAGUGUUCCUGCAGGAGCGCUACGGCCACUACAGCUUGACAGACCCCUUCUUGGCGCUGCAGAGGGACUUCGAGUGCGGGGUGCCUGGGCCUGACAAGGAGCGGCGGCCCCUGGGAUCCAACCCCAUCUCCGUGCUGGAGGCCGUCAUGGCCCACUGCCGGAAGAUGCAGGAGCGGAUGUCAGCCCAACUGCAAGCUGCAGAGAACCGUCAGAAGAGGCUGGAGAUGGAGAAGCUGCAGCUCCAGAGUCUAGAGCAGGAGCACCGCAAGCUGACGGCGCAGCUCAAAGAUGAACGGGAGAAGAACAAGCAUAUUGUCAUGAUGCUGGUGCGUGAGUGCAAACAGCUGGCCACACGCGUGGUGGAGGAGUCACAGCGGUUCGAUGAGCUGCAGGUGCGUCUGGAUGAGGAGAGCCGGGCCUCCGGCAGACUGCAAGAGGAGCUGAACACUGAGCGGCAGCGCGGACAGCAGAUGGAGGCCGAGAUGGAGAAGCAGCUGUCGGAGCUGGACACCGAGCGGGAGCAGCUGCGCGUUAGGCUGGGUCGUGAGGAAGCGGAGAGCCAGAGCUUGCGGCGGCGGGUGGAGCAGCUCAGGACCGAACAAGCCGAUGGGAAGGAUGGUGCUGCCGUCAGCCAGUCCGCUGCUGAGGUAGAGCCCUCUCCUGUCCCUAGCACGCUGCCUAAACCCAAGGCUCUGACCUCCGUGGCAACGGCCACGGAGCCAGUCAACUCCCGCCCAGCGUCAUGCCAAACGGACCUGCCCCUCCAGGAGGUGGAGGGUCCCAAGAAGACCCCUCUCACCAUACCCAUCAAACCCACCCCUGCUAACUACGUGGGCCUGAGCCUGCCCAAGUCAGCCGGCCGGGGGAUUGUCCACAGCAGCUCAGGAGGACUGGCUCAGACGGAGAAUGGCUCAGAGAGCCAGACGCCCCUCGGCCUCCCCAGCGGGGUCAGCCCGCGUGUUCAGGCCGCCCGCUACAAGUUCCAGGAACAGGACCAAAACGGCACAUCCUCCCAGAGCCCACCCGCCCGUGACCUCUCCCCCACCAACCGUGACAACUUUGCCGCCAAGCAGCAGGCGCGCCACACAGUGACACAGGUCCUGUCGCGCUUCACCAGUCCACCAGCGGGGACUGUGGGGCCACUGCGUCCAGGCCUACCCCACUCUGCCUCUGAGGGGGGCCCUUUCCCCAGCCGCCUGAGCCAUCCUAUUGGCCUCAAGUCACCCACAGUGGCCAGGAUCGACCGGGGAAACCCGCCCCCCAUCCCGCCCAAAAAGCCUGGGCUGUCCCAGACCCCCUCCCCACCUCAUCCGCCCAUCAAAGUGGUGGGGGACGGCAGCCGCUCCCAAGCAACAGGGCUAAAGCCUGCCACACCCCAGCUGCCACCCAAACCCGCCCUGGACCUGGUCCCAGCACUGGCGGCCUCUCAGGUGGGUCCCUGCCCCCUCUCCCCCUCGCUGGGGGCUGGCCGGGGGCCUCGGCGGCAGCCAGCAACAGCAUGUGCAGAGUGCCCCCCCGUCAUCAGCACUUCCACUGCCACCACUGUCAGUAGCCCCUCCAUAAAACCCCCCUCAUCCACCUCCUCCUCCUCCACUAGUGCUCCAUCCUCCCGUAGUCCCCGUGCCCCAGCAGGCAGCCCCCUGGCAACAGCAUCAGGCUGGUGUCCCUCCGUAGUCUCCACUCUAAGCAGCGGUGGGCCUGCUGCCCUGGACGGCGGGCGCCCCCUGCUCCUCCAAGCUGCUUCCCAGGGAAACGUCACUUUAUUGUCAAUGCUGCUUAACCAACCAGACCCGACCACCACCAACAUCACCUCUACCACCAACCCCACCCCCACCAACUCCAACACCACGGAGAACAAGCCCAGUCAUAUCGACCGAGACCACCUCCACCACCACCAAAACUCUGCCUUGCUUGCUGCUGCUCAGAACGGACACACAGAUUGUCUGCAACUGCUGUUGUCGUCGGGGGUGUCUGCUAAUGUUUCUGAUGAAAACGGAUUCUCACCUUUGCACUUUGCUGCUGUGCAUGGCCACCGCAGCUGUGUGGAGGUCCUGCUGGGUGCAGGAGCUGCUGUUGACCGGGGUACUUCGGGGGGUCAGACACCCCUCUUCCUGGCCAGCGAAGCAGGCGGCCUAGACUGUGUUAGGGUGCUCCUCGAUGCUGGCGCCGACCGCUCACGAACCAGUGCUGAUGGCUGCACAGCACUGCAUGCGGCGGCACGCUCGGGACACGUGGACACGCUGCGUCUACUCCUCUGUCACCCGGCCCAGGGUGACCCCGCUGUGACCCCAGACCCCCGCACUCCGACGCUCCCCGCUGCACUGCUGAACCAGACCAACACUGAGGGCUGGACAGCCGCUCACAUGGCUGCUGCCAGAGGCUUCAAGGAGUGUCUGGAGGUACUGUGUAGCCACAGUGAACAGGACAUUGAGAGAAGGGACAAGUGUAACCGCACUAUUCAUGAUGUGGCGACUGAUGACUGCAAAGACCUGCUGGAAAACCUCUACUCCUAUAGAGUCCUGGUCUUUCUUCAGUGCUCUGCAGGAGGAGACAGCGGCGUGGAGCCCCUGUGUCCGAUGGAGGCCCUGGCGGAGGAGGUAGAGGCCGGCGGCCUGAUGGUGCUGGGCAGGGUGUGUGUGGAGCGGAUCACUCGCUGGGCCCAGCUCGGACAUGCCCUGGGCCACGCCCUCACCUCCCACCUCCAGCUCCUCUGCCUUGACACGCAGCAGACCAGGGACGAUACACAGCGCCCCCUGCUGGGCCUUGGUCCCGCCAGCAUGGCCUCUGUACUCAUCGGGGACGCGAUUUGGUUGCCAGGUCAGGAGCUCCCUCUGUCCCCCUGGGACCUCGUCAGAAAGCCUCUCAGCCAGCGUAUCACCAUCCGCCUCAAAGGUCUAUCUGAGUUGUGUCUGGAUGAGCUGGCUCUGGAAUGCCUCCUCCCGCUGCCACUGCUGCACAACUAUGUGCGCCUGGUGGAGCAGUAUGGGAACCUGAUCUUCCAUGGGCUGGAGGGCAGUUGUCAGGACUACAUAGCCAAUCAGAUUGCUCGUUGUAUCAAGCACAAGCAGGAGGCGGGGGGCGUUGGCUGUGAUGUGGUGCGGGUAGAAGUAGAUGAGAGCCUGACCAAAGAGCACCUGCUGGAGACUUUCAUUAACUGUGGCUUCCUGGUGCCAGCUGUUGGUGUAGGAGGGUCCAGUGGCUCCUGUGGCCAUGCUGUGGUGGUGCUGCUGGAGGGGCUGGAGAAGGCUUCCUCCAUGUCCAUUCUGCUGGGAGACCUGUGCCAUGGAUUAGACAACAGGGGCUCAGCCUGCCCAUUCACCCUACUUACUGGACCCCACCACUUUCGAGAGAGAGGCUUUCUGAUAGGCACACUGUCCAAGCCCCGCCUCCAGGGCUCAGAGCUCCGCCUCCAGCAGCACUUCCGCUGGGUAACUCUUCGAUGGGACCAGGAGCCGCUGCAUGGCAUGCUAGGAAGGCACCUCCGUAGGAAGUUGCUCCACAAGAUGGGGACCGGAGUGUGGGACCCUGAGGGCCCGUUGGAGCGCUCGGUGGUGUGGGUGAGUCAGGUAUGGCAGCAACUCAACGCCUGCCUUUCCCGACUGGGAACCCACGAGGCCAUGCUGGGCCCCCAGCACUUCCUGUCCUGCCCAGUCGUCCCACACAACACACAGGCCAUUGUCAAGUGGCUGGCUCGGUUGUGGAACGCCGUGGUCGUCCCCCGUGUGGAGGGAGCGAUCAUUUCCCGGGUGACCGCGAGACGCUGUUCCUCUUCCUCUCCCUCAUCCGCGCGACUGUCGCCUAGCAACCGCGGGCUAAGCCCCGGCCAGCAGGCUGUGGUGAAAGCUGCCCUCAGCAUCCUGGUCAACAAGGCUGUUUUACUAGGCUGUCCUCUGCCAAGACACGAGAUCGAUCGAUACUUGCUGGAGUUCCAGGGCGGGACCUUCCCCUUGUCAGCCGUUGGCUCCUGUAAAGGAAGUGGCGGUGGAGCAAGGAAGGGGCGAGACAGCGGUCUGUGCAGACGAGCCAACACCAGCCCGCGGAAGAAAGGGAGCUCCACCUCCGACUGGAGCUGCUCCCUUAGAGAAGGCUCGCUGUCCAACACUGAUGUCCGCUUCAUCGCCAAUGGCAACGCCCAGAGGGUUGGGGCCGGAGAACCUGCCGGUCUGUCUGUCUUCUCUGAUGAUGAAAACGAUUUGAUCAGAGAGCUGCAGACAAUGUGCUCCAGCAAGUCAGAGCCUGAUAUCAGCCAGAUCAGCGGAACGAAGGAGGACCUGAUGGGUUUUCCCAGCCGUCCCAGCGAACCUGUGACCCCCCACAACACUGUGCAGGAAGCCGCCGUCCAGCCACAGCCACAGACGACCGGCGGUCGUCAGUCCAGCCGCAGUCCCGGCCAAGCAGCCCAGAGCAGCGAUCGGCGCUCAGCCGCCCGGGCCAAAUCGCAGCUCCCCGUCCCCAGCAACAGGGGGCAGCAGACACGACCCGCCUCCGGCAGCAGCAGCAGUAAUGGCAGCAGUGGCACCAGCCGUGCCAAGACCCCCGUCAACCGCUACAGAACCGAAACCAGCAGCAAAGCAAGGCAAACCCCGCCCGGCCAGAACAAUAACUACCGCAACAACGUCAACAACAACAACCAAACACACGAGGACAUUUGGAUCCUCCACAGAGACCUGCAUGAAAACAAGUAGACCCCCCCCCCCCCCCCCCGUCCAGCCUCCCACCCCCCCCACCCCCCCGUGAAACCGCUGUGAACCUCCCUCCAUGUUGUACAGAUUAGGUUAAUGACGACCUCUGACCUUUUAGUAUUUGUACUUGUUAUCCGUACUCGUUGCACUGUACUACAGUUGUGUACUUGGGGACCAUGGUUUUAUUCUACUACAGUGUUGAAGUAUUGAGCGUUCAAGUAGAGAAAUAACUGGCAGGGAAUUAAGUGAAAAAACUAGGUGGUAAGGAUAACGGUGUAUACUUCUACAGGGACCUUAAUCCAAUGCCGUUGAACCUGUGAAUUGACCUGUGGACGAGUCCCCCCGAGUAGGACACGCAACAGUGCGACGGCACCCGACAAAAUGUGAGAAGAUGUGACCGAGCUGUAGGAAGACGUCCCCCCGAGACACGACCCGCCGCGCCGUUAUUGUGCAUUUAAGAAUCAGUUUCCGUCAUCUGCCGCACUGGAUUAAGGCCUCUGCUAAGAGUUUCUGCGAGUCCUCACACAGGCUUUACCGUUUUUUGGUGAAUGUGUUUUUCGGAACAAAGGAAGAACAGGAAGUUUUUCUUUUCUCUGUUCAUAAUUAAGUAUUUUCAAAUAUUCAAGUGUUUUAUCUUUAAAUAGUUGCAAGGUUGGUUUGAAUACCAUUGAAAUUAAUCAGGGUUUACCAAAUGUAUUUGUAAAUAAGAAUUAGUAAGUUUAAAUGGUAUAUAGAUUGGUGUAUGUGGUAUGACGCUUGUACAGUAAAGGAAUCUUAAAGCGAAACUGCUGACGGAAAAACAAAAACAAAACCUUGUACAUAGUGUUUGUAAAACUGAGUUUGGUUUUGAACCCUUCACUUGUUUCAGAGUGAACAGAAUGUGGCAAUAAGUAACGGAAUCGCGUAAACAAAGGGCGUCCUCUGUCACCUGUAAGCCAUAAUAAAUAUUUUAAUUACCCAGAAGUCCACCCGGCUCAUGGUCCCAUUCAAACCUCGGUUGAAAGCCCCAAAGUGGUAAAUCCACAAACCCGUCGCCGCCGUUUUCCUUUUUUUUUCCUUCCCACUUCUAAAGAGAAACGUUCUUUUCAGGGGACAGUUUUAAUAAAUAUAUCGAUAUAAAUAUAUAUAAAUAUAUAUAAAGGAAAUAUUUUAGUCAGCAUUAGUCAUAAAUCCACAUGGUAGCUGUCUGAGGUUUAGAGUUUGUUUUUUUUGUGGUUUUUUUUUUCAAGCAUUAAAACCAACCUAUU